CUGAUCAAAAUUUGUUUAUUAUUUUCAUUCUCCCCUGGCUCGACCCCAUGUUUGAUCUUUUCUUCUCCCCCAAGGAAAUCAGGAGCCUCAAGAGAAUGUCGAAAAGGCAGCUGCUGCUGCAAUUUGUGAAUGCAAGCUAUUCCGUGAUGGGCACAUACAUGCUGUGGAAGCUUAUAGGCCUGUUCCUAAACAACGAUUCACCAAUUGUAGUGGUACUGAGCGAAAGCAUGGAGCCUGGGUUUAAACGCGGUGACAUUCUGUUCCUGUCGCCACGGCCGUAUGACGUAGGAGACAUGACGGUCUUUCAAAUCAACAAGAAGGAGAUUCCGAUCGUGCACCGCGCUAUAAGAAAGCUGGGCAGCAAGGUGCUCACGAAAGGCGAUAACAACAUGAGAGACGAUGUGCCGCUCUAUCGUCCUGGACAGUACAUGCUGGAACCAAGCGAUAUAAUAUCGUGCGUGUUUGGGAGCAUACCGUACUUUGGUAUGAUUACGAUUUGGAUCAACACAUUCCCGUGGAUUAAGAUAAUCAUCCUCUUCUGCAUCGGAAUGACCGUGUUUUUUACAAGAGAUGAGUGAGGAGGUGAAUGGAGGUGCUGUGAACAGUUCGCUCUUCUCGGUUUAUUAAAAUGUUCUUAGUACGCUC